ACGGCGAGACGCUCGGCCACAUGGAGAAGAUCACGCUACAACGAGAUGAUCCAUCCCACGCCUACUUUAUACCGCACCAUGCUGUCACCGCGAAAUUCCGUGUGGUCUUCAACGCUUCGGCGAAGACCAGCAAUGGCGUCUCCUUGAACGACACUCAGCUGGUUGGGCCGGCAGUUCAAGAUCCCCUAGUUGACAUCCUCUUACGCUUUCGUCGAUUCCGCGUAGCUGUCACGGCUGACAUCGAGAAGAUGUUCCGGCAAAUCGAAGUGGACCCCAGGCAUCGAUGUUGGCAGCAGAUCCUCUGGCGGGAAAGCCCCAAUGACCCGCUCCGUGCGUAUCAACUGAAGACUGUCACCUACGGUAUGGCUUGCAGCCCUUAUAACGCUGCUCGUGUUCUGAACCAGUGCGCCAUUGACAACCAAAUCGUGGUUCCUGAUGCUAAUCGAGCUGCAGCUGCACGGGACAGUAUCUUACGCAACUUUUAUAUGGAUGAUCUCCUGGAUAGCGCUGAUACGCCAAAUGAAGCAAUCACGUUAGCGCGAGACUUUUCCACCAUAUUGCAACAAGGCCACUUUCGACUUUGCAAGUGGAAAUCCAACGAUGUGGAUGUACUCCCGGCGACAUCUGGUACAGAGGCAUCCAGCUGCACACUUGGCUUAGGCGACACUGAUGCCAAGGUUCUGGGGCUUUAUUGGGGACCAGUCAAUGAUGUGAUUCUUUUUCGGGUAACGCUGCCAGAUUAUAUUCGUUAUGAAAUGAAAUAA